AUGGAAGUUCUUGCCAAGGCAGCGAUUGCUGAAAUUAGCAAAGUUGUGGAUGAUGGUAUUGUCACUUUACGUCUCCAGAUGUUUGAAAAAGAAAACGAAAUAGAUACUUUAAGAAAGAAACUACAAACUGCAACGGAUGAGCUGCAAGCGACAAGAUGCGCUCUUGUUCGAGAAUGUGUCAGUGGUCGCUCAUUGGAGGAGUUUGUAAACAACAGAGGUGCAAAAGAAAAAGAUGUUACAAGAAAUGACAGGCAGUGUGGUAACAUCAAGUAUGAUCGAGUUUGUGAGAACCGUGCCACCAGCCUGGUUUUGAAGGUGGAACAAGUGGACGAGCCUACAGAUCAAAAGUCGCGACAGAGCACAGAAAGGGGUCACUCUCUUGACUCUGGGUUGAGGUUGUGGUCAUCAGAGACUGAUGUAGGGACAAAUACUCCAGAGAACUUUAAUAUCACAGAUCAGCAAUCACCACAUAGGUCAGACCUUGUUACUGCUGGGACAGGUCAAGACAAAUUCGGUGUCACUCAACAAGGCCAUUGUUUAAUUGGAGAGGAAUCCAGCCUUCAUGAUGAACACAGUACCAACACACUUCUCUCAGCUGAGGUAUUGGACAUAAGGUCGCAGUCCCCAUUUGAAACGUCUAAUGUACAGCCAAGAGAAAGAGAGAGUGCUGAUUUCCCACACAUUCACAACUCAAUUUCAGUUGCACAUAUGCAUAUAGAAAAUUCCCUUCCCGAGUCACGCGUUGACGAUCAAGAUGGGUUAAACCUUGGAACUCUUAGUCUGAAUGCACCUACACAUUGCAGGGUGUUAAAUGGGACUGUGGUCAGUAGGAAGCGUUUCCCAUGUGUGUUCUGUGGAAAGAGCUUUGACCGUUUGAGUCACCUGGAGAGGCACCAGCGCAUACACACUGGAGAAAAACCAUACACUUGUGGUUUAUGUGGAAGGGGGUUUGCCCAGAAGAGUAGCCUGAAAGGUCAUCUGAAAACUCACAGAGGAAUAAAUGUUGAUAUUGAAGGGGUCUCAUGGGCACCGGCUGAGAAUUGUCACUUUGAGAAUUACGACAUAUCACCUCAUGCAAAGGACCAGAGCACACACGGUUUAACUGCCACCAGAGAGGACCAUACCACAUAUACAGAGAAGUCAGUGCCCAUAGAUGAGCAAAGAACGAAUGUAACCUGCCCAGAUCAACGAGAGAACACAGAUUUGACAAAGACAGAUGAACAGAACACGCAACGCACGAGCGCGGAGGAGCACAUUUCAAAGAUGACUUCACACAUCAAGGACUGUGGCAACUUGAGUUCUGGACACAGUGAUGAAGAGAUUAGUAGACUGGAAUUUGAAUUAAAGGCUGAGCAAGAAGAGGAAGAUUCGGAACCAAAAUGCGACCAGUCCGAAUCUGAGAAUGGGACUGAAGAACUUAACCGCAAGGAUUCUGAAUCUCAACGUAAGAUGGCUAAGAUGAGCCCUUAUUUGUGGUCCUUUAUGACUACAGUGAAUAGUGGUGGGACAGAUAGUAGCGAAUCAGACUGCUCUUAUAAGGAUAAACAGCACACAGUUUCUAUAUCUGAUCAAAGUGAACAACAGUUGGUGCCCUCUGUCAUGACCCACACCUGGAGGAGUGAAAACAAUGAAAUUCAGAAGCAGUGA